UGCUUAUGGAAGCCUUUUUCCUAGGCUGCACUUCCGACGUUCCGUUCACUAAAAAAUUUCCAAGUUCCGAACCCGAAGACUCCAAAUUUUUUGACGUUCACAAGCCUUUAUGAUUUAUACACAUAGCUCUGUCGCAUAUGUGUCAGUGGGUGUAAAAUGGUGUCGGCGGAAGAAUACGAGAGGGCCGCCGAGGCCUUGUUAAGCGUUUCCGAUUCAUUGGGCGCGGGCUGGCAUGCAUUGAAUACCACAAAUGCUAGGCAGCACCUUUGCCUUGGAUUGCGUCAAGUUUUACGAUUGUCUGAAGACUCUGGCGCGUCAGAAGUGUGCGAAGAAGCAACUGCCGGCGGAGAAUUGGCCACAUUUACAUACCAUGUCAUUUUCAACGAAGCCUUUUCUGUUCCUCAGCUGUUGUUCCUCGUAACCAAAACAAAUGGUUCAUUAAUACCACUUUCGCUCCUGCAUAAGUCCAUACCUGCACAUCUAGUGCCUGCAGAAUCGGAUUCCUACCUUUGGGAAACACUGUCCCAAAUCGAGCACCCAGUGCUUCACCGGCCUUUCUUCGCGCUGCAUCCGUGUCGGACUGCGGAGUUGAUCGGAAACAUGAAAACGUUUUCGAAAAAUUGGUUGAUCUCAUGGAUAAGUUCUGUUGGGCCUGCUGUGGGUCUGCAAUUGCCGGUGGCUUUUGCAAAUUAACCAAAACGUCUAUCCCGCUGCUUGAGCGCAUGGCGUGCAAACUUUCUGCUCUGGAAUGUCUUUCCAUGUGUUGAACGUUCGCUACCAGAUUUGGUGUGAUCUGUUUUUUACAUACUUAAACUAUUUUCAUGCUGUAAUUAAACAUUUGCUGCUCUUUGAAGUCAGUAACAAGAAUUACAAAUUACGAUAAAAGGCGGUAAAAACAAUGAUCGCACAACAUUAUCACAAAAAUGUCCGUUUCUGGAUAUCUUUAUUGGUGGCGAGAGCUUUGGCUUUCUUUUCCGCGCGAAACUUCUCCAGCUGCGCCGCUAAAUCCAAAACAUCCACUUUGGUGGCCGGAAGCUCUCUACUACUGGUGGACGUUGUCCGUUCAAGGAACACCCGCUCUCGAUCCCGGCCGCCACUGUGCGAUCGUUCCGAGCCCUCUUGACGGCUUUCCGGUCGCGCACGGGAACUGCUGUGACUUCCUCCAUUGGAUACUCGCGA